AUGCCACAUGAGAGGCUAGAAAGAUAUGCGCCAGGAGGUUUUCACCCUGUUGCCCUGGGCGAUACUUUCUGUAACGGAAGGUAUACGGUUCGUCACAAGCUGGGCCACGGUGGGUAUUCAACCGUCUGGCUAGCGCGAGAUCGCCAAGAGAAUCGAUGGGUUUCUAUCAAGAUCAAGCAGGCUUACGUCUCAACAUGUGAACUGGAGCAAGACCCAGAGGUGAAGGCGUUGAAACUCCUGGAAAGGCGGUAUCAGAAGAGUAUCGCCACAAAAUCAAGGUGCUUUUCCGAGUUGCUAGGUUAUUUUCGGCAUACUGGUCCAAAUGGCACGCAUACUUGCCUUGUCACAGAGUUGUUAGGGCCUGCAAUUUCCACGGUCCAAAGAGUGUUCGAGGAGUCCCACGUUUACCAUUCAAUGACGUUGACCAAUUUCGAAUCGGCUAAUUACGACAUGGACUCGAUUCUCGGAGCCGAUGAUUGGACAUUUCAACCGCAUGUAGUUCUGAGGACUUCGAAACAGCUCCUCGAUGCUCUUGCAGAUGCCCACCAGGCUGGGAUUGCGCAUGGAGAUAUAACGCCGAACAAUAUCGUCUUCACCUGUCGAGAGGUAUGUCAUAGUGAUAGGGACCUCUGGGAUGCUUUGUGCAAGCCAAGAAUAGCGCCGUAUACUGGCGAGGAGCCCCGAUCGGCGCAUUUCCCUCAGCAGAUGGUAGGAUCAACGAUGUGGCUAGGGUGGUAUGGCAACGAAUGGGAAGAUAUCCGAUUGAUCGAUUGGGGUGACUCCUACCCGGCCGACGAAACCCGCUCGGAACUCUCCGAACCUAUAACUCUGAGAUCCCCAGAAACAUUUUUCCUGGACAUUUUUGACUAUCGACACGACUUGUGGAGAGCGGGCUGCGUGAUUUACGAGUUGUUCUUCCAGAAGCAUCCGUUCGGAUCUUACAUCUGCUCUGAUGUAGAUUCGAUUCAGCACAUCAUCAUGAAAAUGGGACCACUACCUUCGGAAUGGCACGCCCGGUGGGAAGAGAUCAGUAAUGGUAACACACAGGUAGACACCUGGGUGCGGAAACCCCUCGUUGACAUAUUCGAGCCUCAUCGGAAUAACAUCAUCUGUAUUUUUGAGAAAAAUGUGGCUUACGACGACGGCGAAGACGACGACCGCAAGCGUAGAGAAGACUAUGAAGCGUUACGGACCCUCUUACACCCGAUGGUGGGUUUGAUGCAACAUGACCCGGCCAAACGGAUUUCAGUCCAACAGGCGGCAUCGUAUAUCCAAUGGACCGAUCAUUGGAGAGAGCCGUCAUCUGACAAGGAAGGUUCAGAUGGUGAUGUGUCGGAC